AUGGGCAGAGCAGAAACCUUAGAAGGGAAGAUGAGUGGCCAGGAUCCCUCAGACCUGUGGGGCCGAUUGGAUGGCGACACCGAGCUGCUCCAGGACUUGGGGUGGUAUCACAGCAACCUCAGCCGCCACGCAGCGGAAGCGCUUCUUCUCUCAAACGGAUGUGAUGGAAGCUACCUGCUGAGGGACAGUAAUGAAAAGGCCGGGAUGUAUUCCCUCUCCGUCAGAGCCAAAGACUCUGUGAAACAUUUUCAUGUUGAAUAUACUGGAUAUUCAUUUAAAUUUGGAUUUAAUGAAUUCUCAUCUUUGAAGGACUUUGUCAAGCAUUUUGCCAACCAGCCUUUGAUUGGAAGUGAGACAGGCACUCUGAUUGUUCUGAAGCAUCCCUACCCCAGGAGCGUGGAGGAGCCUUCCAUUUAUGAAUCCGUGCGCGUCCACACAGCCAUGCAGACAGGAAGGACGGAGGAUGACCUGGUGCCUGCUGCCCCUGCGCUGGGGACCAAAGAAGGCUACCUCACCAAACAAGGGGGCUUGGUCAAGACUUGGAAAACAAGAUGGUUCACUUUGCACAGAAAUGAACUGAAGUAUUUCAAAGACCAAAUGUCACCAGAACCAAUUCGGAUCCUAGACCUAACAGAAUGUUCAGCUGUACAGUUUGAUUACUCACAAGAAAGAGUAAACUGCUUUUGCUUAGUAUUUCCAUUCAGGACAUUUUAUCUCUGUGCAAAGACAGGAGUAGAAGCAGAUGAGUGGAUCAAGAUAUUACGCUGGAAACUGUCACAAAUAAGAAAACAGCUGGGCCAAGCGGAUGGCACAAUCCGGUCUCGGUCGUUCAUCUUUCAUUAGCCCUGCCCUGACCGGGGAUGCCCUGCUCCAGGUGCCGGGGGUAUGCUCGCUGAUGCAGGGAUCAGUAGCAGACUUCAGAGGAAAGCAGAUUAAGGAAUUUGCUUUGAAACAAACAAAAAACCCACCACGCAGAUGCUGAUUGGGACCUUUGGGAAGAUACCACCUUUGCCGGUGCGUGGCAAACUGCUGCCCUUCCAGGACGCUGCCUCCCCCCACCCAGAGAAGCAGUCAUCGUUCUGAGAGACACAAAUGAACGCAUCCUCGCUUCCAGAGCUGGUCACGGUUACAACGUGCAAGAUGCUGUCCCCUCUUGCUGUUUGGAGCCCCUCAGUGCUGUGGCCAAUUCAGCUGACCUCGAGGCUGCACUAUCGACCCGGAGAGAUACUUGAGACGUAGGUGGUGUCUGCAGAGAAUACACCGAUAGUGAAAAAUCAAAGAUUUGAGGUGAGGGCGGGCAGUAUUGGGUUAUGUUUUGCUUUUUGGUUUCUUUUGCAAAAACACAAACAGCCGUCAAAAAUUCGAAAGUGUUUGCCGUCCUUACUUUUUCUUUUUAAAAAGGCUCAGAAAUCUAGCAGGCCCUUCGCUUCUAAUGAUCGGCCCGCGGAAACGAAGGAUUCAGUGGGAAAUUAUGUAGAAAAAUAAAGAUAA